AUGGAGGCCGUUCGAGCCAAUGAAACGACGCCGUCACUCUCCAAGUCAUUUAAUGAGUCAACAUUUAUCGCCGAGAAAAAGUACGACCCCGUUCUCGGGUCAGACCACGAUUCAAUCAGCAGCGUCAGCGCCGACGACUCGGAUACUGGCUCCGACUCUGGUUCAGAUGGUGAUGACCAACCUCGGCAUAAUAGGAUGCCAAAGAUCCGUCUACUCGUUCAGCAAAUCACAGAUCAGAUUCGGUCGCUAUAUGACCUGUCCUCCUUGCUUCGGCGGCCCAGGAUAGCAGACAAAUACAUUCGCUCUGUCAGUUCCAAGUCACACACAGCCGCAUCGGACACGCUGCCGCUCAUGGUUUGCUUCAGCAAGUUAGAUGAGAGUCACGCCAUAGAAAAGAUACUGCAGUGGCGCGGCUUGACCAAGAGCGGGCAGAGCCUCAACUGUGAGAAUGAGCCCCCUGCUGAAGAGAGACACAGCUUGGCAACUGACGAGGUCGGUAACAUUCUGUGGUACUGCCAACGACUCGCAAGGGCGAACACGAGGCGCCGAGAGCAGCUUCGGUACUGGGCCGAUCAUCCGUAUGUUUCCACGCAGGACAAAGACACCUCGUCCCAGACCUUGCCGGUCUUGGUAAAGCCUCCUGUCAAAGCAUCAGAAAUCAAGGAGGAGUUAGGAAGCCAGGCAUCCACUCUCAAACUGCCGAGCGUCAAGUUCCCGCCAGCAGGCCCAACGUCAACCGUGUCCAAGCAGAGCUUCUCCACAGCUACCGCCUCAGAUGUCCACGAUACCAAGACAAAUGCUCGGCCGCGGACAAUCUACACUCCCACGAAUGUUGGCCAAGGCAGGUCCAACGCUGUCCCGGACCCCCCCAAGACGGACGGCAAAGCGACCUUUCCAUGUCCGUACUGUGGAAUUACCCUCGAUUCUAGCGAGAUGCAGAGGAGGCAGUCGUGGAAGCGCCAUGUAUUCCGUGAUCUCCGUCCAUACAUCUGCACAUUCGAACACUGCCAGAAUCCUGACAAGUUGUACGUCAGCCGCCACGAGUGGAUAUACCACGAGCUCCAGAUUCACCGGCGCAAGUAUGUCUGCAAAGAGUGCCCCAAGACAUCUUCUAGCAGGACGGAAAUGUUAGCACAUGUCCAGGAGCACUAUGGAGAAUCAAUCUCACCGGCGCAUUUGGAUGUGAUCCUGAAUCUCUGCGAUCAACAAGAUGAUGGUAUGAAUGGUGAGAAAGAGGAAUGCCUAGUGUGUGGAGAGGAGCUCUCGUUUCUGGCGUUGCAGGGACAUUUGGCCAUGCAUAUGGAGGAUAUGGCUCUCUUCAUCUUGCCCAACACCCAAGAAGAUCAGGACUUGGGGGGAACCAACGACUCGGUGCAAGUGGAAAAACUCAGCCAUUCCAGGUCGCAGAUAAGCAGCCUCGGCUUUUCUGCACCUGGAGAUUAUGGACAGAACCCAGCCGACUUCUCCAAGCUACUCACCAGCGAGGAAGCGGGGUAUAGCUCCAAGCUUACCCACUGGAAAGUUACUCACGAUCCAGAAGUGGCAUCGUUGAACGCCCUGGUCCAACAACUGGGAGACCAGGACGAGAAAGUCAGACAUGCUGCUGUUAAAGCCUUGGGCAGCCAGCCAGCUUUGCCAUAUGAGAUCAGCGAAGCCAUGGGGGCAAGAUUGGAAUGCCGGGACCGUAAUGGCCUGACGGUGCUAUCGUGGGCCGCCAAGAAUGGCCAUGAGGUCACCUUCGAGCGACUCAUCGAGAAGGGGGCCGAUUUUGAGUCCAAGGACUGGUAUGGCCACACGAUUCUACAUUGGGCCACCUUGGGUGGAAACGAGGCCAUCGUCAGAAUGCUGCUUGAGUUAGGAGCUAAUGUUAACUCCAGGGAUGACGAUGGAGAGUCGCCCUUACAUUGCGCCGCCCGGGGUGGGAAUGAGGCCAUCGUCAGAAUGCUGCUUGAGUUAGGAGCUAAUGUUAACUCCAGGAAUGACGAUGGAGAGCCGCCCCUAUAUUGCGCCGCCUGGGGUGGGAAUGAGGCCAUUGCUAGAAUGCUGCUUGAGUUAGGAGCUGAUGUUAACUCUAGGAGUGAUAGUGGAGAGUCGCCCCUAUAUUGCGCCGCCCGGGGUGGGGAUGAGGCCAUCGUCAGAAUGCUGCUUGAGUUGGGAGCCGAUUUUAAGUCCAAGACUAAGGAUGGAAAGUCACCUCUACAUUUCGCCGCCUGGAAUGGAAACGAGGCCAUCGUCCGAAUGCUGCUUGAGUUAGGAGCCGAUUUUGAGUCCAAGACUGAGGAUGGAAAGUCACCUCUGCAUUUCGCCGCCUCGGAUGGAAACGAGGCUGUCGUCAGAAUGCUGCUUGAGUUGGGAGCCGAUUUUGAGUCCAAGACUGAGGAUGGAAAGUCACCUCUACAUUACGCCGCCUGGAAUGGAAACGAGGCCAUCGUCCGAAUACUCCUGGAGAUAGGAGCUGACGCCCAAAUGAAAGACAACAGGGGCGACACGGCGCUGUCACUAGCCACCAGGAACGGCGAUGAGGCCAUCAUCCAGCUUUUGCAGCAGCAUGCGGACUCCCCAGCGAGUCGCCAGUCGUCCGAGGCCUACCAUUCAGUUCCGUAUAAUGCUGGGGACGUCACCGCUGGCAUCUCUUCUGCCGAGAUCAACCUCAACUCUGUGCCUACUCUCUACAAGAAGGUUGGGCAAGAUUGGCAUGCCGUCUUUAACCCCAAACUGCAACGAGAUCUCGACGUCGAUCUAGUCCACGUACUUGAACAUUCCUUUCCUGUCACCAGCGUGCGGUUCAGUCACGAUGGCAUGCACAUAGCGACUAGCAGUCACCGCACAGCCCGAAUUUUCGACAUACAGACUGGUGAGCAGGUGUGUGUCCUGGAUCACAAUACUCCCCAUACGGACCAGAGUAUAUAUAUAAGCAGCGUGACCUUCAGCCCUGAUGAUAACUACCUGGCUACGGGUGGCGAUCAUGGUAUGGUUUGCUUGUGGGACAUCGAAUCUGGUACAGUCUUAGCCCAACUCGAGGGGCGUAAGGGGGACAUCCACGCGAUAGAAUUCUCUCCUGAUGGAAGAAGUAUUAUUUCAGGUGCUAGCGAUGGGACUGUCCGUUUGUGGGAUGUCAACACCCGGGCUAACACCCGUACCCUCUCCACCGGAGACAUGAUCGUAUCCAUCACCUUUUCACCCGAUAUGCAACUUAUCGCUUCAGGGUCAGAAGACGCAAGCAUAACGGUCUGGGAAACCAGCACAGGUGCACGUCUGAUGCGCCUUGAAGGCCCUGAAGGGCACAGAAACCCUGUUCUUUCGGUCGCCUUCUCGCCCGACGGCGAGACCCUUGUCUCAGCCAGCUUCGACCAAACUAUCAAGGUGUGGCAUCUCGGCAUGCCCAUUCAACCUCAAAGCACAUGGGAAGUGAAGUGUAUCAAGACUAUCCAAGGUCACACAAACAUUCUCAACUCUGUUACAUUCACCCCUGACGGAAACGGGCUGCUCUCCGGGUCUAGGGAUAGUAGUUUGCAGUUCUGGGAUACAAAAACAGGCAUGGCACUAUUCAGGCUUCAAGGCCAUAUGGAUACAAUUUAUUCGGUUGCCGUUAGCCCCGGGGGAGGCAUCUUCGCCACUGCCUCUGCCGACGGGGAGGCUCGUGUUUGGUUGUACGGUCCGUACGAGGCAGAGGGAACCUAG